CCCCUAAAACACACACGCUCUCUGUCUCUCUCUGUCUCUGGCUGUCUCUGGCUGAGUGAGUCGUAGUCCCCGGACAGGGCAGGCGGGUGGUCCCGGUGCCGGCAGGACCCCCGGACCCCCCGGACCCCGCCCCCCCGGUGUGGCUCGAUCGGAACCUGGGACUCGGCGGCCCGAACCCCCGGCUCCUCUACCUUCAGCUCUAACUCCAACCAGCUUCUGCCCCUGCCUCGGAGUCUCCCAUCCCCUCCUGGCAAAAGAUGCAGACCCAAGAGACAGGCGUCCAGUACAGCAGGUGGAAUGACAACAACAGGGAUGAGGUCAACAUGACUGUGUCCAGUACAGAGGCGUCUGCCUGUCACAGGCUCUACGGGAAGCUGUGCACCGGGAAGCUGGGCAUCGCCAUGAAGGUGGUCGGAGGCCUCGGACUCUUCUGGAUCAUCUUUAUCGUCGGCUACGUCACGGGCUACUACGUCCACAAGUGCAAAUAGCCUGACCCCGCGCGCGGGGAUGCCAGCCCGCCCCUGUUGUGGGAGCCCAGCUUUGUGUCUGGUCCUGCUCUGGGGGAGAGCCUGUGCCCGCAUGUAUACACACACACUCACUCUCCCGCUCCUGAGCCCACCCAGCUCCCAACCAUCUCACUGUUGCCAUGAGAAAUCUGGACGGUGCCGGCUGAUCCCGGGAGGCCGCCUGUACCCCGACGAGACAGACACUUGGGAAACAGCCCAUUGGUGAGCUGGGGGAAGAUAAAAAAAAAAGAUUAUCCAUAGAGGACCCCACUCCACACACCCCACAGUCCUGAAGCUAUUUUGGUGAUUUGCUUUUCUGGGCCGAGGGCGACCCACCCUCCGGCGUCUCCCCACCCGCCUCGCCGGGACCCUUGACCGGGACCCGUUAGUGGGCCGCCAAGGAGCUUGGCCUUAGGAGGCUCGGAAGAGGGGAGCCAGCACCCCCGGUUCCCGGGGCGGCCUCAACUCUUCCCUCCCAGCUCCAUGUGUCCGGCCCCUCACCGUGGAGGUCUUGGGCCCGGGCCAGGAUCGGCCAGGGCUUCCCUCCACAGAGCUCCGGAGGUGGGGGAGGGGCCGGCUGGGGCUGAAGAACUCACGGGGAGCAGAGGGGCCGAGUCCCGGCUCCACCUGGGGAGUUUCAGGAGACAAAGACCAAAUUAUCUGGGUUUAGAUUUGGAUCUGGUUAGCCCGCCCUGGCAGGGGUGGGGGCCGAGCCCCACGGUGUGAGCGGCACAGCAGCAAUCUGGUUCAGGGCGGGCAGGGCUGGGCCCGAUGCCUGGAGCCUGGGUGCUGUGAACUCCUCCUUGUGCACGGGGAUCCGGUCUACCCGCUCUUAUUGUACUAGAUGCUCCCAAGUGCUUAGUACGGUGCUCUCGUACACACCGAGUGCUCAAUAAAUACCAUUGAUUGAUUAA